AUGUCACAUGUGAUGUGUGUCUCUGCUGCUGCAGGCGUCUUGUCCAGCUCAGUGGAACAGAAGAUCUAUGUUGAACUCAAUGAAACGGUUCCGUGUGUCCGACUUCUGAACGCCACGCAUCAGAUCGGCUGCCAGUCGUCUAUAUCAGGAGAUACAGGAGUCCUCCAUGUGCUGGAGACCGAAUCAGACCUGGACUGGAUCCUCAGCUCAGGACCGCAUCCUCCGUACAUGGUGAUCAUGGAGACGGCCUUCUUCAACAGGUCGGUCAUGAUGAGGAUGAAGAACUCGUCCAGAGUGGCUGGAGUCGCUGUGAUCGUCUCAAAAACAGGCCUUGCUGAUAAUUUUUCACCUCACACGACCUGCCCCAACCAGAACACAGGUGUGUAUUCUGCGAGUUACGGCUCUGAUCUAGCGAACUGUAACGUGACCGUGUGGAAUCCUCUGGGGAACGGACUGUCCUAUGAAGACUUCGCUUUCCCUGUGUUUGCUCUGAAAGACGAGAAUCAGACUCAGGUCAUCCGUAAGGUGAGUGUCUCUCUCUCAGUCUUUGGCGUGGAUCUUCGGAGCCAGAAGUUCACAUGUUGGUCAUCCAGCAGCGACAGGCACAGGGUGAUGGUGAGAAUAUUAAAGAAGUUAUAA